UGUCGCUGGUGGUCUAUUGUCAGCCCAGUUAUGUUAUUUAAAUAUGGGUCUACAUUUGGCCCAAAAUCAUCAUUCAAUAAAAAAUAAAAGAAGGGAAAUAAAAUGAAGAUCAACCGGUGAGUAUUGUCAUUCCACGUGGCAAACACAUUACCAUCGACAGCUUAACUUAACUGCCUCUCAUUUCCCUCUCCUUUCCUCUCUUUCGAACGGAUAAACCUUGAUCAUGGCCUCCACUUCUCUUCUUUCACCGGCCGCCACCGCCACAACCGCCACUUCCAUAACCCACAAGUCCCUCCACUUCUCCUCCAACCUUCCCUUCCCUAAUCUCCCCUUCAAACCCAUUUCUACAAACAACAGAAUCUCCACCAAGCUCCACGUGUCCUCCCCAACUAACCGACCCGCCACCACCGGCAGUUCUCCCUCCAAACCAUCCUCCAAAAACCCCAAAGAAGAAGCCAUCUUCUUCGAUGGUGGAGCCCAUUACGGUGACCUCUUAGCUAAUCUGCUUCUGGGUUUCACUCUCCUAUGGCUGCCUUUGACUCUAGCUGCAGUUUCAAGAGCCUUUUUCCUGAGGUACAGAUUCACCAACCUGCGGGUGACGGUAAUUUCAGGACUGACGGGUGAGGAUAGGAGUGACUUCUCUUACAAGGUGAUUAAGGACGUACAAGUGGUGCCACGUUUCAUAGGUGAGUGGGGUGAUGUUAUCAUUACCUUGAAAGAUGGGACAAAAGUUGAUCUUAGGAGUGUGCCUAGGUUUAGAGAGAUUGCAAAGUACUGUCUCUCUAUGGCUGAGAAACCUGCUGUUUUGAAAGAAACUGGACCUAAAGGGUUUUAAGUCAAGCCCCCUUUUUUCUUGGGAAGGUGUGUAAAUUUUGUGCUUUGUUUUGAUUUUGAUGGGAUGUUGGUGUCUCACAUUUUAUUGUUUUAUUUCUCAACAUAAUGGAAAUUGAAGCUAAAUUGUAUCAAUUUCAUUUUUGAUUUGGUUACAUAUGUGUGUGUGCAAUGGAAAUAGAUCCUCAUGAAUAGCUCUGAGUUAAUGCUCCAAUUUUCCAGAUUUCCCUGGAUA